GCGUGAAGUCAGGGGAUCCCGAUCUGCGAACCCAGAUAUGGCGCCGACCAACACGCAAGAGGGAAGGGGGAGAGGGGUCGGGGUCCUGGUCGAGGGCGAGCUGGCGGCGACGACGCACCCCUGCACGCCGCCCCACGCCGCCCCCGGUGACCACCCGGUCCAUGGCGGCCGAAUCGGAGCCAGCGCCGCCGUCGGAUCGAGGCAAGAGAAAAAGAUCAAGAGCAAGGACGGGCGACGACGAGGAGGCGGCGGCGGCCUCAGCUUCAGCUGCUUCGGAGAAGGCCCUCUCUGAGGCCUCCUCCGCUGCCAGCUCUCCCGAUCGUUGGCCUUAUAUUCAACGCGUCGUCAAAGGGCACGAUUCGUGCGGCGGGGAGAUCUUAGAACCCUUCAUCAAGAUCGACCCGGCGAUCGUGGAUGCCCAUGAGAAGUUGAAAUUGAAAUACUAUGCGAAAAGGGAACGACAACUAAAGCUAGCUACAAUGGAUCAGCAUGUUCCUCAUUCGUGUUUUCUUGAUCAAGAAUUGUUCCCUGAUCGGGAGUCCGCAACAAAGACUGUACUUGAAGCUGCAAAAACUGUUCUUGGACUCUCAUCUUAUAUUGAUGAAAAGCUGUUGACGCGAUGCUCCGGUUUUCUAAUCGAUUGGAAUGAAGAGAGUAAAGCUGGAACUGUUCUGACAUCUGCACACCUAAUCUGCUUAAAGUCUCCUUCCCUGGAUGAGUGGUUAGACACAAAAGUGUACGCUCCUGAUGCUAAGGUUUAUGUCCAUUUGCCAGAUAAAAAUGACACAACUAUAGUUGCUCAUUUAUUGCAUUAUCACGAGCACUAUAACCUUGCUCUUUUCAAGAUCAAUAUGGAUCAGUCUGCUCAAAUACCUAGUUGUUUUACUGAAGUGAAGCACGGUCAGGAGCUUUUUGUGCUUGGUAGAGACGAGAAUAUGUAUCUUAAUAUAGAUCAUGGCUCUGUGCUAUAUAUGGACCCAAGCGAUUUUGAACUAUAUCACUAUAUGUUCAUCAACCUUGGAAUUAACAAGCAUGGCCUCGGAGGACCAGUAAUUGACUGUAAUGGAAAAAUUGCGGGGAUGGCCAAUCUGACUCUAAGAAUGGGAUUCAUUCCUUCAUCCAUUAUACUAAAAUGCUUGGAUAUGUGGAAAAAAUUUCACUGUGUCCCUCGGCUGCACAUUGGAAUGAAGUUUUCAUCCAUUAAAUUUCUAGAUCCCGCUCAUGUGGAUACGAUCUCCCGCAAGUGUAACGUCGAUGCAGGCCUUAUUGUUAUAGAGGUGUCUGAAGGAUCGAUUGCUGAGAAAUUAGGAGUCAGAAUUGGUGACAUCAUUGAAUGCAUGAACGGAGAGUGCAUUGCUACCACAAUUGAGUUGGAGAACUUGCUUAUGCGCAUAUGCGAGGAUCAUCUUGAUAAAAGAAGAGGCAUCGGUUCCAAUGUAGACGUACCAGUUGUUAUAUUCCACACACGCAAAGGUUCGCGUCACACUAUAAAUCUGACAGUAAAAGUAUCUGAUAACGUAGAAGUGAUUGCAACAGGCACUUAUCCCGUCUCUACCAGAGAUUGUGCAUUGGUGUUUGCUGAUGAUGUGGGCCCAGGUAACAAACCGCUGAAAUCAAAGAAAUAAAAACAGAACAGCGUUUUAGGAGUAACGUACCUUGAAGUGUUACAGGGCAAGUAUUUUAUGCUCCAAGGAUCUGUUUGGAACUACCACAUAUGAAGUGAAGCUUGAUAAGUGUAUGAUGUAACUAUGGUUAAAAGGCUUUGUAUCAUGUUAGGCACUUUGAGAAUGUGUUUUGAACAUCUAUGGGCUAAUCAUCAUAGUAAUAGUAUCUUUUACAUGCGUCAGUUAACUCAGCAAUGAAAAAAAAAUUAA